GCCAAUUAUAAACGUUUAUUGCAAUCACUAUAACAAUGAUACAAGAUAUAUAAAAUGUAUAAUGCUUAAAAACCAACUCAGGUAGGUUGUUUGGAUUUGACCCAAUUCCAGGAGAGCACUGUAACACAACUGACAAUAGUGUCUUGUUGAAAGAUGGCAUGGACCGAGCAUUUUCAAAUUUAUCUACGACUGAAAUGUCGAUGUGGACAACUAAUAGUAAUGAUUUUAAAUCAAAUGUCACUAUGUCAUCAACAGAUCAGUUGGUGAAUUUGAUUAAAGAUACUUUGGACGAAUGUAAUAAAAAAGAUGCUCUAGACUGCGCCAACAAAAUAGCUAAGGUUUUAAUCGAACGGCAAUUAUUGAUGUCGACUAAAACUCCAAAUAUUCAAUACAUGUUGAUGAUCAACAACGGUACGAUCAUGACAACUAAUGACAAUGAUGACGCUAAAGUGUCAGCCAUCGUUUCACGCGUAUUCGACAUAUUCAUGGAAAAAUUUAAUGGAUCUAUGAAUGAAUCAUUGCCACAUCAGAUGUGGAUUACAACAUUAACUACAGUUUCUACGCACAUAAAUAGUGUCUCCACUAGCAGAUCAAAAAUACCAUGGCCGUUUAGCUCAACUGCUGCAACAACAUCAACAACUACAUCAACACUCACUAUGAAAUCGUCUCCAUUGUUGCCGUCAACGUUAACGUCAAUAGAUGAUGGAAAUGAUCAAAAGAAAUCAACUUUUUUUUAUAGUGACACUUUUAACGAUGAUCUCGAUAUACUUGGAGUUCAACCAAACCUUUGUGAUCUCUUAAAUAGCUAUCGAAUUCCAAGAAUGAAAAAAUAAAUGAUGAUCAGUUAACUAGGUUACUGUUGCAAAAAUAUUGAAUAAAUUAAACCAAGGCCUGUAAUCUUAUCAUAAAUCUUAAAUUAAGAAUUAUGAAAAAAUAUUAAUAAUGUAUGAAUUUUAAUCAUGCAUACCUAUGAUCUACAAAAACAUGAUGU